AGCUGCAGAUUAAGCACCAAAUAUCGAGCAUAGAUAUCAAGCACCAAAUACGCUUGCCUGCAAGCACCCCACAAAAAUGGCCGUUUCUACAUUACCACUCGCUGCACCAAAGCUUCAACCUUUCACUCCCAAAUCCACCAUUUCCCCACCUUUCAGAGUCACUGCUUCACUGCAACCAUCUCCCAAUGCCACUGCAUAUAGCAAGAGGCAAAUUCUGCAACUGGGUGUUGGCCUCUUCGCUGCAUCAAUGGUAGCCUCUACUCCUCUUGAAGCCGACGCCACUAGAAUUGAGUACUACGCCACCACCGCUGACCCCCCUUGUGACUUCACCUUUGCCCCUUCUGGACUUGGCUACUGUGAUAUCACGGUUGGGUCUGGCCAGGAAGCUCCCUACAAUACGCUUAUCAAUAUUCACUAUACUGCAAGGUUCAGUGAUGGGGUAGUUUUUGACAGCAGCUACAAACGUGGUAGACCACUCACUAUGCGGUUAGGCAUGGGAAAGGUGAUCAAAGGACUAGAUCAAGGAAUUUUGGGAGGUGAAGGAGUACCUCCAAUGCAAAUUGGUGGAAAACGCAAGUUACAGAUCCCUCCACAUUUGGCGUAUGGACCUGAAGCUGCUGGCUGCUUUCAAGGGGAUUGCAAUAUACCUCCAAAUGCCACUCUCACAUAUGACAUCAAUUUUGUAGAGGUCUACAAGGGAAACCGGAAGUGAAGUACAUUUGACAACCAGACAUCUACAAGUCACUGCAUAGCAAUUUGCAUUCACACUCGAUUUGGCUCAAUAUGAAGGUACAGAGCUAAAUGACGGAGAAUUUGUUCCCUAGAGAUAUCAAAAGUAAGUCCAGAAGUCCAUGCCUGCAACAAGCAAGCAGUCACCUUUCCCUAACAAGUAAGAGCGGUUUUAUCUGCAUUUUUUGCCAGGAUUCUUUAGAUGCAGAUAAUGUGCCCAGGCAUUACCCUUGGUGCUUAAACUUGUUAGGCAUCACUCUUUUUGCAAUAUAUAUAUGUAUAUAUAUUUAUUCUCAUAGUAAAUUACACUUUGUGUACAUGUUUAAUGAAUAAUGUGAGAUUUGUACUCAAUGGUAGAUGAUGGACACUAAAUUGUCUUGUUCAGGUUGUUCACAGUUCAAUUAAUUAAGAGUUCUACUA